AUGGCAGACAUCAUUCGUCGGAACGCCCAGGGCCACACAGAAGUGAGAACGGGGCUAGGCUGGCGCAAGGUACUCUCCCCGAGCAGGGCGGAAGCGACAACUGCCCAUCUUCCCGUCAUCGACAUCACCGAUAUCACGCACGCGGACCAGACCCGGCGAAGGACUGUCGCAAAGGCAAUAUGCCACGCCGCUUCUAAUGUCGGAUUCUUCUACGUCCAGGGGCACGGCGUGCCUGACGAGGCUGUCACGUCCAUCUUCGCGGAGAGUAAGCGGUUCUUCCACGACCUGACGCUCGACGAGAAGAUGGAGUAUGACACGGAGAGGCAUGCGCACUAUUAUGGGUAUUACCCCAUCAAUUUGGACGAGGGCAUCCCUGCUGGGGCCAAACUGAACGAAGGUAUCAACUACGGGUACGAGGCUUGUUGCGAUCCCGAUGUUGCAUCCGAGCCCAUGCCUGCCAACAGUAACAACGGCGACAACUGGUGGCCGUCAGAGGAACGUCUGCCCGGCUACGAGCGCCAAGUCAAGGGAUAUAUGACGCACAUGCUCAGGCUGAGCCGGUCCCUGCUGCGCAUGUUUGCGCUGGGUCUUUAUCUGGACGAGCAUGCGUUCGACCACCUCGCCACGAAGCCAUAUUCCAUCUUGAAAAUGGCGCAUUAUCCCGGCAAGGGUCAGGGACAGCUCUCUGGCACGGACGCACCAUCAACCAUCCGUCCGCAUACAGACUAUGAGCUUUUGACGAUCCUGCUGCAGGACGACAUCCCUUCACUGGAAGUGUUGUCCAACACCGGACAUUGGAUCCAGGCGGCGCCUAUACCCGGCACUUUUGUCGUCAAUAUUGGAGAUUCGCUGUCCAUGCUCACUAAUGGGCUGUUCGUGUCUACAAUGCACAGGGUGAUUAAUGUGUCGGACCGGGCUCGAUAUUCUGUGCCGUUCUUCCUGGGUGCAAAUCAGGACGCGGAGUUAAAGGCCUUGGACAAAUUCGUGAGCACUGAGAAUCCUGUAAAGUUCCAGCCCAUCAUGUCGGGGGAAUAUAUUCGGCGGUCACUGCAGGCUGUUUACUCCAAGCCGGAUGUGGAAAUCAUCAAGGACACGAUCGAAGUGCGUGGAUAG